CCAACAAAGGAUAAGAACAGUAGUAAUACUUCAGAAACUAAUAUAGAUGAUGAUGAUGACCUUCUGAUGGCUAUUGCCACAGAGGUUACCAACAGAAAAGGCAUUUUAAGUGUUAAAAAUUUAAAAUAUUCUGAGUUUGAUCAGAAAGAUAAGAUCAUUCUAAAAGAUCAUGAAAUAGAUGACACAGAAACCCAUACCAUGCAGACAAGGUCCAAAACUAGGCAAGCACAACAACAAGACUCUGAUAGUGAAGGGUCCAUGCCACCAAUAGAGAGGGACAGUAUAGAUAGUGACCAUGAGGAAGGUUCUAAAAACAAUAAAUCACUCUCAGCAAAUGUCCAAGUUGUAGGGUUCUCUGGACAACAUAAGAACAAGCCUCCAAAGGAUUCAUUUCCUUUUAUGACAGUAGGGUCUCAACUAAUAAUGAAACCCCUCCCGCCCAGUGUUCUCAGAGAUAUUGUUAAAGGCUCACCGGACCCUAGAAAAAACCCCUCAGCUUGUUUGAUGUAUUUAAAAAGAAGUUGUCAAGGCCAAAAUAUGACUCAAAUUGAUAUAAGACUUAUUAUUGAUGGCAUUCUGGGAUAUGAUUCAGAAUCCGGUUGGGAAUGGAGUAAAGUACCCAGUAUAGAUAUUCCAGAUACAGGAACCAUGAUUACCACAGGAGCCUUUACUACCCAUGAUAUUUAUAAAUUAACCACCAAAGAAGGACAAGAUAAUAUGUGGGAUGAGAUUAGUAAAGAGCUAUUUAGAUUGUAUAAGGACAGUUCCUCAAUGACCUCUGCUUUAUCUUGUAAACAACUUAAGCAUGAGAGUAUUGUUGUAUAUGUUAAAAGAUUUUUUAAGUGUUGGAAGGAAGAGGCAGGAUUGUCCUCUGAUAACCAAAUGGACGUCCUUAAACUACAGACUUGCAUUGGUAAUAUGCUACCGGCAUACAGUUUACUUGUGAAGCAAUUAAUCUCAGAAUGGCCCUCACUCCCUAGUAAGGAAUUCCUAGUUAAAAUCCAAGAGAAGGAUAAUGCUGGGUGUUUUGACUUUCCACCACAAGGUCCACAGGGCCCUCCUAAGUCUAAUGCUUUCAUUGUCCAAGGGUUGGCACACUCCAAUAUCCUAGAUGCUAGACCAAGAGGUUGGGAUGGAGCUUAUAGAACCAGGCAACGAGGUGGUUAUUCAAGAGGGGGGUUUUCUCAGAGAGGUAGAUACCAGGGACCUCCCUAUCAAGACCGCUCGACCUGUUUUAAUUGUGGCCAACAGGGACACUGGCGUAGUUCCUGUCCUUUCCCACCCAAGUCCACAAAUCGCCAACAGACCUCUACUAAUCAAACCACUGCCAACCCAUAUUCACAGUCAAUUAUAAAUCCACAACACCAGUCACAACACCAGUCACAACAACAGCAGCCCCAGAACCAAGUUUCCCACCAUAUUCCAUGGCCCCAAUAG